AUGUGUGUCACGACGCGACCGGUUAAUUUUACAGAAACUAAUCAGGCCUCUAACACUAAUCCCCUGACGGCGAAGAAACUUGCCCGCUACGCCCAUCUGGGUUCACACUUCAAACAAAGAAGUUACCGGGGUUGGCUCUACUGCGCUCACCAAGGCUUUGCGAAGGUGGACAAGCAGGUGCGGUCACAUCCGGCAGCUGGUCGUGUGUCCAGCUGUCAUCCCAACAAGGUGACCAUCCUUCUCUGGGCACCCUAG